AUGGGAAACCGAAAGAAAAGUUUUCAGGAAAGUCGGACGUGUUUUAAGUGUGGAACUGUUGGCCAUAUUCGUCGAAAUUGCCCUCAGGAAAAAGCGAGAUAUACAAAGCCAGUGCAUAAAUCAAGACAUGGAGCAAAAGUCGGAAAGUCCCAAAACUCUGAUAGUGAAUCUGAAAGUGGUGCUUGUGUAUUUACAGUGUCCGAGGGAAAAGCAAAGCUUUCUGAUUGUCAUUGGUUGAUCGAUUCUGGAGCUUCAAGUCAUAUGACGAAGGAAAAAGUGUUCUGGUGAAUUAUCAACAGUUUGGGGAACCCGAAAGCGUUGCCUUGGGAGGUGGUCGUGUUGUACAAGCGUUGGGAUCUGGUAACGUGCAUAUGGAUAUGUUGUUCUCUGGGAGCAAGUCGAAGCGAGGUGUACUGUGUAAUGUGUUGUAUGUUCCAAAGCUUACCUCUAACCUGUUUUCCGUUCGAGCUGCCGUUGCGAAAGGUAACGUGGUGAAGUUUCGUGGUGAUAAAUGCUGGAUAAGAGCUGCCAGUGGGAGACUACGAGGAAUGGGAUCAUUAGCCAACAAGUUAUACAAGUUGGAUUGCGAAGACGCCUCAAACGGACACGCUAGUUAGCUUCACAGGAAAGUAGUGAUCUUUGGCAACAACGGUUGGGACACGUACACGAGCAACUAAAUAGCUGCAUUAAGAAUAAUAUUGUGAAAGGAAUUUGUUGUGAAAACGUUGACAAACUUUCGUUCUGCGAAGCAUGUUUGGCUGGAAAAAUGCAUCGAAAGCCAUUUCUUGCUCGGGAAGAAAUUCGUUCAUCUCACAAGCUACAGCUAGUACAUAGCGAUGUGUGUGGUCCAAUGCAAACAGAGUCAUUUGGCGGAGCAAGAUAUUUCGUGACGUUCACUGAUGAUUACUCUCGAUGUUGUGCAGUGUACUUUACGAAGCAGAAGUUAGAAGUUCUGGAGAAAUUCAAAGAGUUUGAGGCUGCAGCAACGAACGAGGCUGGAAGAUCAUAG